UAUCUAGAUCGCAUCUGGAUGAUUAUGUGUAUUAAUCUGCAUGUGUAUAAAAUCAGUGAUACUUGCUGUGUGAGAGAAUCAUUAAUGAAUAUGACGGGUUAUUUAUAUAUUGUGCUUUCUGAAGAGAGGUUAUAUAUGAGCUCUUCCAUCGGGUUAUCCUGAUAAGUGGGUCAAGUCUUAGCCCUUGGGCUUUGCAGCGGGAUCCGCUGUGGGUGAAAAGGAGUGUAGCGAAGCAUACUAAUUGCCAUGGAGAUUUACACGAAGACGACUUAGCUCCCUGUUUAAGGCAGCGCCCUUUAAGCCAACUAAUGAGCGUCAAGCUGGAUAUGCCGAGAUUCUUACCAGG